GCGGUGCAUUUCAGCCCGACAGCCUCGUGGCGCGAAUAACGUUUUAUUGUGUAUGUGUGUAUGUGUCAUUGAUUUCAAUAAAAGAGAAGAAAAAAUAACACCACGAGGUGCUUUGUAGGUAAAAUUGAGAUAUUUUUUUGUUUUUUAAAGUGAAACAGUGAUUUGGAUUUUAAUUUCUUGUGAAUCAACAAGGAUGAUCGAGAGAUCUUACUUGAUUCCGAAAUGACGCGACUAUCGUGGCACUUGGACAGAGCCUUACCACAAAAUCGAGGCAUCAGAAUGCGGUACCUGCUGUUGGCGAUAUGUCUUUUGGGCUUUGCUAUUAGUGACAAUAGUACAUACGAAGGAGGCACAGAAGUGGCUUACACUGAGACUGAAUUUGAGCCAUUCACAACGAGUCAGGGACUACCGUGGGGCGAAUGGUCACCGUGUACAAGACGUUGCGAUGGAGGUAUAUCCAGACAACAGAGACGUUGUCGGAAAAAACCUUGUAAAGGAAAAUCGUGGAGCGUCAAAUAUAAACUUUGUAACACACAGCCUUGUGACAUUCCAACAAAUUAUCGAGCAGAACAAUGUGAAGCAUUCAAUAAUGUUCCAUAUGGUGGACAAUUAUUAAAAUGGUAUCCAUACUAUGAUUCGACAAGAUUAUGUUCAUUAAUAUGCCGUGGAGAACAAUCGCUGGACGAUGUUUCCAAUAAUAAUAAAGAUGAAAAAUUAUUAGCAGGCAGAACAGAAUCAAGUGAAGAGGAAUAUAGUACGAGUGUUGAUUCCGAAGAGACAAUAAUCGUUCAACUCGCAGAAAAAGUCAAAGACGGCACUAGAUGUCGACCCGAGAGUCUUGACGUUUGCAUUGGAGGAGAAUGUGUCAAAGUUGGAUGCGAUCUCAGAAUAGGAAGCAAUAAAAAAACUGAUGUAUGCGGUGUUUGUGGUGGAAAUGGAUCAAGUUGUCACGGAAGAUAUAGUUGGGUCCUAGAACCAGCUUCCGCUUGUACCGAAUCUUGUGGCGGAGGUUAUAAAAUAGCACGGGCAAUAUGUAAAUCAACUGGACCUGAUGAGACUGAAACUGAUGAAGCUAAUUGCGAUCCAAAUAUAAAACCGGAAAAGGUUCUAAUGCCAUGCAAUACUCAUUCUUGUACAACAAAAUGGACGACAAAUGAAUAUGGCAAGUGCAGUGCAAGUUGUGGGGGAGGUUCGAGAUCGAGAGCUGUUUUUUGUAUCGAAGAAAUCGGUAACGAAACAACAAAGCUUCCAGACUACAAAUGCAGUGCAACGCAUAAACCGAGAUACCAAGAGACUUGUAAUGAAUUCUCGUGUCCUACGUGGGAAACAGGACAAUGGAGUGAUUGUUCGGUGUCCUGUGGUACAGGAAUAAGAACAAGGUCUGUGGAAUGUCGAGAUGGAAAUGGGAGAUUUUCAGAAGAUUGUGAUUCCGCAGAAAGACCACACGGAGAGCAAGAAUGCAAAGGCAGUCAUCUUUGUUCAAGUUAUGACGAUGAUAUAAAUCAACCUCUAAUGCAACCAUACGCUCCACCUCCAGUACCAGAAAAAUUGAUAGAUCAACCUGUACCUUCAGAAUCAACGUUCAUUGCGGAAGCAUGGUCCCCAUGUUCCGUAACAUGUGGCGAGGGAAUUCGACGUCGUGAAGUACGUUGUAAAAUUUUUCUCGAAUUCAGCAAAACAAUAGCCAAUCUACCAGAUUAUCAGUGUAAGGGUCCAAAACCCAUUGAUUCAGAGAAAUGCAUAAUGGACUCGUGUAAUUUAAUGGAAAACAGCCUGUCCUAUAGAAUUGAUGCAGUUGGCGAUAGUAGUUAUGCCGAACCAAGUCUCACAGACACAUAUCGAUCAUCAUCAUCAUCGUCGUCUGGGUCCGGAAGUUACGAGAGUAACAUCAAAGUUGCAUCCGGAAGUUCCGUCCAAACCACAUAUUCUUGGCACGAAAACGGAUUUACUCACUGUAGCGCUACUUGUUUAGGAGGGAGGCAAACUUCAAUCGUACAAUGUAGACGUGAUGAUACAAAUAAAGUUGUCAGUAAUUUAUUAUGUACACCAGAAACAAAACCUGAAUCAAGAAUAAAAAUCUGUAACGAUCAUCCCUGUCCUCCAAAGUGGAAUACAACUGAUUUCUCGCCGUGCAUGAGUCCUUGUGGCAUUGGGAUACAAACGCGUGACGUCACUUGCAUACAUGAAGUGACACGUGGAACUGGUAACACUGUGGCUGUACCAAGUCAUAUGUGCCCACAACCACCGCCAGUGGACAGACGAUAUUGCAAUGUAUUUGACUGCCCUGUCAAGUGGCAUGCUGGCGAAUGGGGAAAGUGUUCAAAAACUUGUGGUGGUGGUAUAAAAACACGAAAAGUAACUUGUGAACAAGUUCGCGCACAGGGUCAUAAACAAAGUCGGCCAGAUCACGAAUGUCCUUCUCGUAAACCACAAUCGGAAAAAUUAUGUAACGACAGACCAUGCUCCGAAUUGGGUAUGAGUGAACAGCCAAUUAUUAAUUCACAAAAUAUCACAUUCAAUCAACAAGAUCCAAAUGAAAAGGUCGAUUUAAAAAUUGGUGGGACUGCUGUGAUUUUUCAAGGGACGCCAGUCAUUAAAAUUCGAUGUCCUGUACAGAAUUUUGAAAAAGCCCAAAUUAUUUGGACAAAAGAUCGCACGGAAUUACGAAAAUCGAGAAAAUACAAAAUUAGCAGAAAAGGAGCUUUAAGAUUAAUGGAUAUUGCUUAUACGGAUAAGGGAAUAUAUUCUUGUAUUGCUGGACCAAUUCAUGCGGAAAUGCAUCUUCUUGUAAAAUUACGACCAAGAGAUCAAAUGAGUAGCGAAGAAGUUCUUCGAUCAGGUAACGCAAUUCAAACUCGACAAGGAACUAAUUCCAAAUCAUCAGCGGGAAAUUCAAAUGAAAAUGUACAUUCCGAUCGUGCAGAACCGGCAUUUAUUUAUGGAAGCGACGAUCACAGUCAUGAGGCUAGACACGAGAUUUAUGGAUCGAAUUCAAAAGAUAAAGCACGGAAAAAAACCACUCAAAAACCAAAAAUAAGGACAACCCCAACAACGACACGAUCGACAAAAAUGAAUGAAGAAUAUUCAGUUACAUCGCCUUACAAGCCUGGUUUUGAGUCUAUAGAAUCAAACGCUAAAUCCAGUGCGUCGACGCUGGUACCUCACUUUAAUCAAUUAAUUUCAACUCUAAAGACUUUAUGGCCUUUUAAAGACACUUCAAAGUCGAUCAAUCAGAAACCGUUGUUGGACAUCAAUUUUCAAGACAAUCCAACCACUCGAGCAAUGUCAAAGUUAAAAAGUGAUUUUCAAUAUGAUAAUCUAAAUCAGAAAUACGAUGAAAUUGAAAAAAAUACAUUAAACGAGAACGAUGCAAACAAUAAUAAUCCCUAUGAUAUAAAUGACGAACUCAUUAAUUUGAAUCACAAAAAUACAAUAAAACAAGAAUUAGAUGAAACAAUUCACACAACACCAACAAUAUUAUUACAAAUUCUAACCAAUGUUUCAAAACAAAAAAAAGCCUACGAUAAUCAUUUAGGCAAAGAUCGUGCAACAUUUUUUGACAAAAGUAAAAAUAAUUCCGAAAACAUUAAUAAAAUAGUAACAAUACCCAUUGAAAUUGAUAAAAUAACAAAAAAUUGGACAAAAAAUUUUGAAAUUAUCACUGAAACAACAACAAUUGUUGAUGAAAAAAAUAUAAAAACAGAAAAUAACGAUGAGACGUUAAAUAAAACGAAAAUAAUUUCUUUUUCUGAAAAUCCAUUUAUCGAGGAAAUUACGACAAAUAUUAGCGAGAAAAAUAAUGAAUUUUACGAGGAGGAAUUACAAAUUGAAAAACAUUUUCAUCACGAGCAUGUAUUUAAUAAUGACACAUUGAACACAAUAAAAAAUGAAACAAAUGAUGACGAAUUAGAAAAACCAUUAAUAGAAAAUUUUGAAGAAGAAAAAGAAUUAGAAGUUCUUCGAAGAUCGAAAUUUAAUGAUGAGGGAAAUAACAAUUUUUCAAAAUCUAAUGAAAAGGAGGAAAAAAGCAAGAGUACAAAAAAUAUUUCUUUACAAAGUAAUAAUAAUAAUAAUAAUAAUAGUAAUAAUAAUAAUAGUAAUAAUGAAAAUGUGCCUAUUUUAUCAGUUUCCGGUAGCGAAGAUCCGCUACAUCAACCAACAAUUGGUCCAGUUGUUGUUUUCAGUAAAGCAGCUAAGGACGAUUUAAUCUUUGAAUGGGUCACUACAGAAUGGUCCAGAUGUUCCCAAACUUGUGGUGGAGGUGGAUUUCAGAUGAGGGGAGCUCAGUGCACUGUACGAUCUGCAAAACAAUUGACGAAUACCACGAGAAAUCCUCAGCGUACUGUGAUUGGUGCAAAUCUUUGCGAAGACGCCGGUUAUCCUGUACCAGAAAAAGUGAAAUCUUGUGGUACAGGAAGAUGUCCUCAAUGGCAUGCCGAAGAAUGGACAUCUUGCGAGAAUUCUCGAUGUUUUAAUUGGAAAACAGCCAUGCAAAAACGGGACAUCACUUGUCGAGUGAUUUUUGAAAUUGAAAACGGAACUGAAAACGAAACAAUUGUCAAUUCGAGUCAAUGCGAUGAGGGAAUAAAACCUCCACAAAGACAAGAAUGUUACAAUGAUGCCUGUAAGGGUGUUUGGAGGGUUGGUGAAUGGUCCGAGUGUUCCGCGCCAUGUGAGGAGGAUGGAAUAAAAUACAGAAUUUUACAAUGUGUAUGGUUCGGAACAAAAAAACCAGCUGGUAAUGCUUGCAGGGAUCUUUCACGACCGCCAGUUAUGAAAACUUGUCGUGGUCCUACAUGCCUUCGAUCACCAGAGGAUUGCAAGGACCUAUCUCAAUUGUGCAACAGAGUGAAGACAAUGAACAUGUGUCAAGAGCCACUUUACAAGAAGCAAUGCUGCUCGUCUUGUAUGAAGAGAGAGAAAGGAGUUUAGAUUAGAUAAAGUGACACAAAAUAGGUACUAAAAUUGAAAAGCUUCAAGGCGAUGAGCCAAGUGCUUCAAAAAAAAAAAAAAGGAAGAUAAAAAGAGUGUGUGAUAAGUGAUAAUUCGCGAACGCUAUUUAUAUAAAAUAAGGAACAAUAUUCCUAUCAUUAUUCUAUAAGCCCUCAUCGAAAUCGAUGCAGACCACUAUAAAUGAUUCUAUACAUUCCAAACAUCGUCUCUUUAAAAAAAAAAAUAUAUAAAAAAAAACUGGUUCCACAAUUCUACUUCAUUUUUCAUUUGUGCUCUAAAUAUUUAUUCCUAUACUGCCUCAUCGUAACCACAAAAAGCCUCCUUGUAAAACAAAAAAAAAAAAAAAUACCGAAAAAAUUAUCUUCUCUCUAAUUAAAAUUGAUAUUAUAAAGAAUAAUAUCAAGUAAAAAAAAAGAACUGAUUUAUUCUCAUUUACUGUUCAUAGAAUCCAUAAAAAAAACACACAUUUUUUGCCAUUAUUUUAUUAUUAAUAUAAAUAUUCAAAAAAAUUAUUAUUUUAAAAUAUAAUAUUUUAUAAUAAUAAUAAUAAUAAUAUCUUAAUAUUAAUAAUAUUAAAAUAGCAAUUUUAUAUAAAUUUUUUUUUGUCGAAAUUUAUAUAGACAAUAUUGUCUAUAUUUAAUUCUUUGUAAAUAAAUUUUACUACCUUCUUUUUUAUCUAAAAUAAAUUUAUAAUUUCUCUCAAAUUAGUUAAUUCUCCACCAAAAAGAGAAUAAAAUUUCAAAUAGAUUUUUUUUUAUAACAAUGUGUUUAUAAAUGAUGGAAAAUGUAUAAAAAGAAGUUUCACUUAAAAAUUUUUUAAACUAUUUUUCUUAAAGGAGAAAAAAAAGUUUUUUUUUAUAAUAUAAUUAUAAUAUUUUCAUUUAUAAAUGACAUAUAUUAUUAUUAUAUAACAGAUAAAGAAUUAAUCCCGCAAAAAAAAAAGCUUCUAUAUAAAUGUUCCGAGCUCAAUGAGUAAAAUCCUCAUUAAAAGAUAAUCCAGAAUUGCUAAUAUAAAAAAAAAAAAAAAAAAGAAAACACUAUGACCCCGAUUUAUAAGAAUCUAUGUCAUUGUAGAUUUUUUUAGUUCCGUAUAUAACAGCACAAUAUUGAAAUACUCGUUUUUUAAGACUGAAAGAGAAUUUUUGAGUAAUUUUGUAAAAGUGAACAUUUCAUUACAGAGCAUCAAGGUGCCUCACAAUUUUUCACUAUGAAAAACAUUUUCAUGUAAAAGUGACUUUUUUAUUUUUUCAAAUAAUUUCAUUAUUAAAAUAUUUUUUUUAUCCCGUGUGGAAAAAGCCACGAUCUUGCCCUCAAGAGUUCGGGGCCCCCGGCGGGGGCCCAUGAGGGCUGAUCCAUAUGGCGAAUCCAUGAGGGGCACCGUAGGGGCCCCGCAUGGAUCGCCCUCAUGAUCGAUUAGCAAAAUUUUCUAAGUCCAAAAAUCAAAUAUUUUUUUAUCACCAAAAAAUUAAUGUUUAUAAUGAUUCAGAACCACGAAAAACGCGUUUUUAAUAAAAAUAUAUUUACACUUUUUUGAAAAUAACACUCACACUUAUGGCGAAUCCAUGAGGGGCACCGUAGGGGCCCCGCAUGGAUCGCCCUCAUGAUCGAUUAGCAAAAUUUUCUAAGUCCAAAAGUCAAAUAUUUUUUCAUCAACAAAAAAUGAAUGUUUCCAAUGAUUCAAAACAACGAAAAACGCGUUUUUAAUAAAAAUAUAUUUACACUUUUUUGAAAAUUCACCUGAGAUGAUUGAUGAUAAUAAUCAUAAAGCAUAUAAUUAAUUAUAUUUUAUAAAUUGCAUUUGAUUGGAAAAUAUAAUUUAAUAUCUUAACUUUAACUAAAUGAUGUUAAGCACUUUUCUUUGUUAGGUAUUUUUGAAGUUUAAAUAGCAUCAAGAAGUUAGCAUUCGUUUUGAAGUAGCGUGCGUAGCGUAGUUGGUAAAGCGUUAGGUUCAUAGUCCGUAGGUCGUAGGUUCGAUUCCCCCCAUGCGUUAGAUUUAUUUAUUUCUCAGGUUUGCGUUUAAUCAUUAAUUCUAUGUAUGAAUUAAUUGAAAAAUGAAAAUAUCCGUUAAUAGUAUGCAUAAAUUAAAUAUUUUUUAAUUUUUUAAUUAAUUAAUUUAUUAUUACUUUUAAUUAUAUCCGACAGUUAAUUAAUUAGAACGUUAAUUAAUAAAUUGAAUUUGAGUAAGAAUUUAAUUUAAAAUUGAAUAAUUAUUAAAUAAAUAUGUUAUUUAUUCAUAACUUAAGCUUAUUUAUUAUUAAUUAACUUUUAUUAUUAAUAUUAUUGAUUAAAAAACAUUAUGGCAAACUUGAGGGCAAGAUGAGGGCAAACGUGAGGGCCCAUAAGGGCGCCCGUAGGGGCACCCUCAUGGAUCGCCCAUGCGGGCGCCCUCAUCGAUGAGCAUGUCGUUUCCAUGAGGGGCCCCUAUGGAUCAUCCAUAUGCGGCCCUCAUGGCAUGAGGGCGAUCCAUAAGGGCCCCCGCUGGGGGCCCACAUCACUUUUCCACACGGGAUAAUUAUUUUUUUUUAAUUUAUUUAAAAACUGAUUUAUAAACUAAUUAAUAGAUCAGCUAAUUAAUUAUUCAGUUUUAAUUAAUGAUUAAUUAAUUGAUCAAUUAAUUAAUCGACUAUAUUAAUUUAUUGACUGAUUUAUUGAUAAAAUUAAUUAACUAUUUGAAUAAUUAAUUAAUUACUUAAUUAUUUAGUUAUUUAAUUAGUUAAUUAAUGAGUUUCUCAUUUAAAAUUACAAUUAUGCAGCACUGUAAUUUAUACCCUGAGUAUACUAGGAGAAAAAAAAAUUAUAGAAUUAUCGUAACAACAUAAAAAAUGAACUUAUGCCUAUAAAAAAAAAAACCCUUUGAGGGUAAAGCGUAAGCCAAUAUAUAUAUAUAUAUAUAGAUUUUAAGCAAUAAAAUUUUAUUCUACAACACUUUUGAAAAAACAUUUUGCCUCACUGUUUUUCGAUGUGAUGUACCAUAUGUUAAUAAAAAAAAAAAAAAAAAAAAGAAAGAAAAUGUUCUGAGAUAAACACUUUUUUCACAAGUGCAGUAGAAUUAUAAAUAUAGAUAUAAUAUGUAAUAUAAUAUUUUGUUAAGAAUCUCUGGCGAAAAUUCAUUAAUGUGAAGUUUAAAAUGUUGAUCAAAGAACUCGAGUUUACCUUCGUGUGCCUCGUGUUUGACACUUAGAAGGACAUUUUUUUUUCUAAAAGUAUAUAUAUAUAUAAAAGUUAUUCUAUUAAAGGACACAAAAAUAAAAUUAAUCGUUAUAGAGGAACAAAUUGGAUCACAAAAUAUUCAUCCAAAAUAAAUAACCUCGAAUUAUUCUUAUAUAUUAAUAAAAAUAAUAAUUUUCACUAAUUAAAAAAAUUGAUUGAAACUAAUUUUUGUCAUUAAAGGAGAUAAAAAUUUUUACUAUUGUUAAAAUUUGUUAUAAUUUUUUUUUGAUCAAUGUUAAUAUUUGCGUUACAAAUUGUGAAUUUAAUUCACAUUUAAUCGUAUUUAAACAAAAAAUUAAUAAAACAUUUCUCAAAAUUAACAAAUUUAACAAACACACAUGAAUAGAGAACAACAAAUUAAAGAAUUGAAAACGAAAGAGUUUAUAAAACUUUUGCAUAAUUAUAAAAUUAAUUUACCUAAUUACCUAAUUUUUUUUUCUAAUUUUUCAAAAAUAUACUUUAAAGCAUGAAAAAUUUUGUAACUGAAAAAAUAAUUUUAGUUGAAAAAUUUUAAAAAUGAACAAUUAUUUACUAAAUAAAUAUUAUUAUCAUUAAAAAAAUAUUUAUUCGUAUCAGUGAAUUAAGUGGUAUUUGUUUCUAUUGUAAAAAAAAUUUUUAUCGCUUAAACACGCUGUUUAUUAAUGAUUCAAAUAAAUAUUUAUUUUUUAUGAUUGUUAAGUUCAGUAACCGAUUUAAAAAAAAUAUCAAAUAAAAUUCUUUUUUCAGUGUUAAUUUUUGUUUUUCAUAUUUACAUUUUGAUUAAAAAUGUGGUAAUGUAAAGUACAUAUAAGAGCAAAAAAAAAAAAAAAAAACUCGCAAUUAGCGAUGAAUACAUGGGUCUUAUAAUAUUAAAUCUGAGAGCAAUUCACACGAAAGCGCAAUUACGCAAGCGAAUUAGUCGCACGUAUUCAAUAGUUAAUUAAAUUGUCUGAAAUAACAUUGUAUAAUUCCGCGCAUCCCAAUUUCAAUUAUUCUCAUUUUUCUUUAACCAAAAUAUUCCCAUUUUCCAAAUUGACAUUGUUACAUAUAUACAAAAUUAUAUAUAUAUAUAUAUAUAUAUAUAUAUACUUUAAUUCAUAUUUAAUUAAUUAAAAUUAAUAAUAUAAUAUUUUAUUUAUUAUUUUCAUUAUUAUUAUAACGAAAAAUAAAUUUAUAUUAUUUUUUAGUUUAUAUUAAUUUAUUUAUUUUCAAACACUUCAAAAUGGGAACAUUUUGGUUAACUGACAAUAAAUUUUAAAUUAUUAAUUAUUAAUAAUAAAAUACUGGAAAAUAAUUAUUUAUAACAAUCAUUUGAAUAAUAAAUAUUUUGGAAUUAAAAAUUUAAUUUUUCUGCAAAAUAUUUUUGAAAUUUCAAUAUAUAAAUAUUGUAUUUUUUUUUAAUUAUUUAAAAGAGAAUGAAAGAAUAAAUUUUUUUUGGGAAGUGCAGAUGAUGUCAGAAACACCUAAUAAUUAAAUUAGUGUUUAAUAAUGAUUAAUUGUACAAAAGAAUUUUUGCGUAUAUUAUAUUUAAUUGCGAUAUAUAAAAAUGAUUGUAGUUUCGCCGAUUAUACAUAAGUACCUACAAGACAAUUUUUUUUUUUUUUUUUUUUUAGGUCUAGAACUAUCACUUUUGUAUA